AUGAAGGGCAGCCCAGACCAGCAGAUCGAUGAUGUCAGGACUGACGGGGGCAGUGACGUCAUCAUCCUGCUGGUGGGCAACAAGACCGACUUGGACGACAAGAGGCAGGCGACCCUCCGGGAGGGCGAGCGGCGUGCCAAAGAACUGAGCGCCACGUUCAUCGAGACCGGUGCCAAGACUGGCUACAACGUGAAGCAGCUCUUCCGACGUGUGGCCUCGGCUCUGCCUGGAAUGGAGAACGUCCAGGAGAAAAGCAGAGAAGGGAUGAUCGACACCGAGCUGGACCAACCCCAGGAGUCCCUGGCCAGCAGAGGCGGCUGCUCCCGCUAG